UUGAUGCGCCACUCUGCCACUCAACUCGCAAGAACAGGGGAUUCGUCAAGACGGUAAACCACUGGAAUCAUGUGCUAGGAGGGGGCAAGUGCAGGCUCAGGAGCGGAUGAGGGUGCGGGACAAUGUUGUAGCCAAUUAACGCAAGAAGUGCCUUAUGUUCGGGACCAAAAGAUCGUGUAUUGAACCCGAGCGGUCCCUUAUGAGGCGGGUGGCAGGUCUGGAGCUCGGUGAGGCGAGAGGCUGCUCGGAUUAACCGCUACUUAUGCUGCGGCUUUGCGCCCAGUCUUGAGCUCUGCGGCAGGUGAGGAGCAGCAGAACCGGGCCGGUCGCCCUUAUGGAUCGGCAGCAUGGAUGCUUUCAGUUUCCCCUUUAACAGCAGUGUCUCGGACAGCGCAGACGGAGAUGGAGCCGCCGCAGAGCCUCAGCCGGGGGCUCGUCUCCUCGGGUUUGGCCCUGCGGCGGCGGCGACCCCGUCCGGUGCCGGUUACUGGACCGCCGUGUUCGACUACGAGGCGACUGCCGAGGACGAGCUCAGCCUGCGGAAGGGGGAUCGGGUAGAGGUGCUGUCCAAGGACUCGCUGGUGUCCGGGGAUGAGGGCUGGUGGACAGGUAUGAUAGAGGACCGGGUCGGUAUUUUCCCCAGUAACUACGUGAGCAGUAACGGAAUCUCGGAGAAGAUCCGGGACACGCCAGAGGAGUACGGCGACUAUUCGGUGCCACCGUUACACUUGCUGCAGAUAGAUUUCAGUGAGCUGGCUCUGGAGGAGAUGAUCGGGGUUGGUGGUUUUGGGAAAGUGUAUCGUGCCAUUUGGAAAGGGCAGGAGGUGGCGGUGAAGGCGGCCCGCCGGGACCCGGAUGAGGACGUGUCUCAGACGCUGGAGAGUGUCCGUCAGGAGGCCAAGCUCUUCGCCAUGCUUACACACCCCAACAUCAUGGCUCUUCUGGGUGUGUGUCUGCAGGAGCCCAACCUGUGUCUGGUGAUGGAGUAUGCCCGCGGCGGGCCACUCAACCGGGCCCUCGCUGGGAAACGAAUCCCUCCACACACGCUGGUGGACUGGGCUGUGCAGAUCGCACGCGCAAUGCUGUACCUGCACUGCCAGGCCAUCGUACCCGUUAUCCACAGAGACCUCAAGUCCAGCAACAUUCUGAUCCUGGAGCGUGUAGAGAACGAUGAUCUGAGCAACAAGACUCUGAAGGUGACAGAUUUCGGUUUGGCUCGAGAGUGGCAUCGGACCACGAAGAUGAGUGCGGCGGGCACAUAUGCCUGGAUGGCACCUGAGGUCAUCCGAUCAUCCACCUUCUCCAAAGGCAGUGAUGUGUGGAGUUACGGGGUUUUGUUGUGGGAGCUGCUGACAGGAGAGGUGCCAUUUCGUGGUAUUGACGGUCUGGCGGUGGCUUACGGUGUGGCCAUGAAUAAACUGUCCCUGCCCAUUCCCUCCACCUGUCCUGAGCCAUUCGCCCGGCUAAUGGAAGACUGCUGGAAUGUGGACCCUCACUCGCGACCCCCCUUCACUAGUAUCCUUGACCAGCUGACAGCCAUCGAAGAGUCCGGCUUCUUUGAAAUGCCGGCAGAAUCAUUCCAGUCACUGCAGGAUGACUGGAAGCUGGAGGUUCAGGAGAUGUUCGACCAGCUCAGAGCCAAAGAGAAGGAGUUGAGAUCCUGGGAGGAGGAACUGAGUCGUGCAGCUCUACAGCAGAAGUACCAGGAGGAGGCUUUACGGCGACGAGAGCAAGAGCUGGCAGAGAGAGAGAUUCACAUCCUGGAGCGAGAGCUCAACGUCAUCAUUCACCAGUUGUACCAGGAGAAACCACGAGUGCAGCACCGACAUGGAAAGUUCCGGCGCAGUCGACUUAAACUUCGGGAUGGGAACCGCAUCAGCCUGCCUUCUGAUUUCCAGCAUAAAAUCACAGUCCAAGCAUCUCCUUCUUUGGACAGGAGGCGGAGCCUAUUAGGAAGCAACUCCACCCCUCCAAACAGCCCCCCUGUUUUACCACGUCUUCGAGCGAUACAGCUGACCCCAGGAGUCGGAGGUCAGGCAUGGGGCCGUAAUGCUGCAUUUCAGUUUGAUGAAGAGGAGGACAGGAAAACUUCACGCAAAAAAGGGAGAACGCAAAGAGAACACAGCGCCGAUGAGAGUUUGAGGACUCCUAAAGAGGGCAGUCGACAGCGCUCCUGCAGUGCUCCAAACCUGCGCCGUUCCCCCAGACACAGUCCUGCUGUUCCCGGAGUGUGCAGCCUAGCAGAGACUGAAAAUGAGGACUGCUGCUUCCCAUCAGAGUCAGCUGACUCCCCUGGCCAAUCAUACCUCUGUAUCCCAUUCCACAGGGAUGGAUCUGCUUCAGACAGUUACGGUGUGGAGAGUGGCACGACUGGAACAGCUUCUGACGUCUCCCCCAGUUAUACGCGGAGAAGUCCCAGUGGAAAUCGUAGAUCAGAGCUAGUGUUGCUGGGCUGCGGGGCAGUUCUGGCUGCUGUUGGUUUGGGUCAUAACCUGCUGGACCUGAUGCGUGUAGAAGAGAGUGUGCGUCCACGAUGGGAGGGACUGUUUCACCGUACUGGGGGUCAAAGUCGUGGUGCCAGCCCACCCACACGCAAACUCUUUAAAAGGGAAAGUCCCCGUCGGCCCCCGCCAUUGCCCACAUCCCUCACACUCCUGUCUCUCUCAUCGGUGUCUGAUUGUAACUCAACCCGUUCUCUCUUGCGCUCCGACAGUGAAGAGCUGCUCGUGCUGCGGCCCCCCACUCCCCCAGCUCCAACCCCUGGACAAACCCCACCUCCUCUGAACCCACUGGUCAACACCCAACUGGAGAGCUUUAAGCGGCACCCUCGACAGUCUCUGACGCCCACACACGUGCCCUCAGCGCCCAGUGCCGCCUGCAGGCUUCAUCGCACGCCUUCAGAUGGUGCAAUAAAGAUGAAGUGCUCGCCUGCACAUAACAACCACAACCACAACCCCACCCCGACUACCCCCUCUAAAACUACAGUGACUCAGUGGACUUUAAGUGAGGACCCUUCAGAGGUGCCCCGUCUUCCUGAUCCAAACCUCAUCUUCCCACCUACACCACGUCGGCGCUUCCAGCCGGAGCGUCCCAAAACUCUGGACUUUUUGGCUAGGCCUCGGCCAUGUCCACGAGCUCGUUGUGGAUCACAAUGGGGCGAAUCUCCUGCUCACACAUCCAGCACUGAAACCCCAUCCACUGUGGAGUUUGGCGGAGGUGUGGCUGUCCUGCCCACUCCAAUGGAGCAGCCGACCCCAUGUUCCCCUUGGGUGAAUGACAGUCUUUUGGACCAACAGGAUGAAGGCCAAUACAAAGAUGGGACACGACCACUUUCCUCAGACCCCAGAGACUCACCUUACAGAGUGCGACCAGGGUUUUGCUCCUGAUUUCACCCCUUUGAACUUAUUAAUGUCACUCACAAAUUUAAACCCACUUGGUUUCAGACUGGGUUGCCUGGCGUCCUGUUCCUGGAAAUUUCAUCUUCAACCCUGAUCAAACCAUGUGAAGCAGACUUCAGGAGCACUUAUUGAGGGUUAAUCAGGGUUGCGUCUGAACUCUGUGGGUUGAUCUUGAGGAACAGGAUUGGGCACCCCUGACUUAGACCUUCAGAUUAAUGACAGAAGUUCUGGAUACCCUAGGAAGAAAAACUACUGAUACCAGCCCAAGAUGGUUUACUUGAGGUGGUCUUAAGCUGGUCUUAGCUUGUUUAAUCCUGAUCAAGAUGGCUAAGUGGUGACUUAGUUACCCAAUUGCUCGAAUUCUCUUUAAGCCAGCCAAAAUACCAGAUUUACUGGACUAGAAGGCAUACUAAGACCAUUUUAGGCUGGUAUGAGAUUUGUUUUUCAUGGGAUUAUAUCUUUAUAAGGAGCUGAUACAUUAAUGAUAAUGAUUAGUUACCCAGUAUAAACCAAAGGUGCUUGGUUUUUGCAAAAUCCAGAUGCUGUUCUGGUCUAAACCAUGUUCAGUUUUCAACACACAUAUAUAUUCCUGCACUGCAAAAACAAACUUUUUAAUAGUGUUUUUUGAGUUGUUUUCAGUAUGAACAUCUAAACAUUCUUAAAUCAAGAUACAUUUACGUACGAAGCUAAAUUGCAUUAAGUAUUAAGAUAAUAAGUCAAACUGAUCAAAAUUAAUAAACUAACAGGGUAAGACAAAUAAACGGGGCAUUACAUGUUCAAACUUAAUAACUUUUUGGUGUUUCAUUAAUAUAAAAGUUAAGGGGCCUAAAAAUGCAAACAUUUGUGUUUCUUCAUAAAGUGACAUCGCCAGCUACUGGCCUUGCAUGCAUUGUACAGUGUUUGCACAGCAGUUGUUUUCAUAGAUCUGUGUAAACCAAGUGUAUCUGUCUGCAGACUGCAAGAUGGGGGCAUAACUUGUAGUAAGUUAGAGGUGUCACUUGCAGUUAUCGAGAUCCCAUUGAGCCAUGCUAGAUGUCACAACAAGAUGUUGUUGGCAAGAUGGCGGAAAUACUUUCAUCCAAUGGCGGAAAAUAUGUUUUCAUGCGUUUUCUCCAAAUCUAUCCGCAACCAAUUCAUUUGAUAUAUUAAUAUAUUUAUUCAUUUAGCAACUCCACCAUGCAACUCCACUCGCUAACGUUUGGUCAUGACAGUUAGCCUACUCUGCAUCACCCCCUGUGGUUGCAAAUAAUAGUACAAUGAAGAGCGCCUCCGCAACUCACGGCUGUACGCUAAUAACGAUGAUGGUUAUGUUUAGGUUUGGGGGAAGGUGUAGAUUUUAAUAACGAUGAUGGUUGGAUUUAGGGUUGGGGAAGGUGUUGACAAUAAUAACUGUGAUGGUUUGGUUUAGGUUUGGGGAAGGUGUAGACAUUACUGUGAUGGUUGGGUUUGAAUUUGGGAAAGGUGUAGGCAUUAAUAACUGUGAUGGCUGGGUUUAGGGUUGGGGAAGGUGUAGAUCAGGGGUGUCAAAGUCAA